CAAGAUCACGACCAUUAGCUUGUGAUAUGAGCAUUUAAUCCUACCCGAAGAUCCUUUUUUUUUUGUUUUUAUAAAUCGACUUUAGUACUUUAUAAAUACAAGCAACGUCGAUAUAUUAAGUUUAUAUUGAAGGAGUAAAUAGAAAACAACGGUGGUCGACCAAAAAACGAGAAGAUGUCUGGAAAGGAUAGGAUCGACAUAUUCCCCUCUAGGAUGGCUCAGACCAUCAUGAAGGCUCGGCUGAAAGGAGCCCAGACGGGCCGCAGUCUGCUGAAGAAGAAGUCUGACGCUCUCUCCAUGCGCUUUCGUCAGAUCCUUCGUAAAAUCAUUGAGACGAAAACCAAGAUGGGAGAAGUGAUGAGAGAGGCCGCCUUCUCUUUGGCUGAAGCCAAAUUUGCCGCAGGAGAUUUUAGCACGACUGUGAUUCAGAACGUCAACAAAGCCCAGGUGAAGGUUCGAGCUAAGAAGGACAACGUGGCAGGUGUCACUCUUCCUGUUUUCGAACACUACCAAGAAGGCGGCGACAGUUAUGAACUCACCGGUCUGGCCAGAGGAGGAGAGCAGCUCUCCAGGCUGAAGAGGAACUACGCCCGAGCCGUGGAGCUGCUCGUGGAGUUGGCUUCCUUACAGACGUCUUUUGUCACCCUGGAUGAAGCCAUAAAGAUCACCAACCGCCGCGUGAACGCCAUCGAGCACGUGAUCAUUCCCAGGAUCGACCGCACUCUCACCUACAUCAUCACAGAGCUGGAUGAGCGAGAACGUGAGGAGUUCUACAGGCUGAAGAAAAUCCAGGAGAAGAAGAAGCAGCUGAGGGAGAAGACGGAGCUGGAGAUCGCUGCCCGCCUGGCGAAGCUGGGCCCGAUCGCCGAGCCGUCCAACAUGCUGACCGAGGAGACGGACGAGGACCUGCUGUUUGAGUGAAGCGCCCCGCCGGUCAACGCUCACCUAUUUAUUCUGUGCCUCUCUGGCCACGUUUAAAUCUAAAAGUCAUAAACAUUUGGUUUUUUUUGUUUUGUUUUUGUGACCAUGUUUGUGAGUAAUUGUUCUCCUGUUUCUGUGCUGGAAGGUUUCCAUGUGUCACUGUACAAAAAAAAAGUCUAUAAAUAUACAGUAUAUAUGUAAAAAAAACGAAACUAAUGACACAGAGAACUUGUUUACAUUUGCUUUGUGGGUCAAAUUGAAGAAGCAUUCCGAGUGACUGGUUCACCACAUGUAGAGCCACUGCAUGCUGUAAAGCUCAGGGUGGUUGUAGAUUUCAAUGUGUGUGUGUGUUGUAGAAACCUGUAACGCACAGGGUCACUGAUACACAACUGGGAAGCAUUUACGACUAAAAAGCUGGUAAAUUCGUGACUCUGUAAAACUUUGUGAGCAAGUCAACGUCAUCUGAAUAAAGAUGUUCUAAACAAAUCAAAA